AUGGCCGGCUCGCAAUUAGCAAGUCAAGCACCUGGGGAGCGGGCGGGAACGGAUACACAGAAAAAGAGAGGGGAAGAUUCAGGCCGCCAGCAGCACUCCCACCACCUUCUCCUCCCACUGUGGGCUCCCCACCUCCCCCCACCCCUCCACCUCCUCCUCCACCUCCGCCUCCACCUCCUCCUCCUCCUCUUCCUCGUCCUCCUUCUCCAUAUCCAGCCCCUCCACCUCUUCCUUUUCCUUGUCCUCCUUCUCAUCCUCCUUCUCCUCUUCCUUCUCCUCCUCCUUCUCCCUCUCCUUCUCCUUCACCUCCUUGCUGUCACCGCUACUCUUUUCCGUUGCAUCAUCAUCAUCACCCUUCUCCCUCUGGCUUUCACUCACUCCUCCUGA